CUCGAUUACGCCUUUCAAACACACUCCAGUGGCCUUCUGUAUUGCACACCACGAUGCCGCCUAUUAAUAACGAGAUUGCAGGCAAACUUGCCCUGAUCACAGGAGCAUCUGGAGGCAUCGGAGCCGCUUGCGCCAGAGCACUCUACCUCCAAAAUGUUAACGUCGCCUUGACUUACUCCAGCAGCAAAGAUAAAAUUGUCGACCUCGUGACGGAGAUCUUGGCCCUCCCCAAUAGCGACUCCCCAGGUGCCCAUAACGCAUCCAUCUCCACGCACAAAGUCGAUGUCGGGUCAGCCGACGAUAUCCAGCAGCUCUUCACCAGGAUCCGAGAGGCGUACGGCAAAGACGGACCAGACAUUCUAGUAUCCAACGCCGGCUAUGGCAAACGCACCCAGGACAUCGCCGACAUCUCGAUCGACGAGUUCGACCACACGCUCAACGUCAAUCUACGGGCAUCUUUCAUCCUCUGCAAGCUAAGCAUCCCGCACAUGGCCUCCCAAGGGUGGGGUCGCAUCGUCUUCGUGUCGUCGCUGGCGGCGCACGGCGGCGGCAUCAACGGGUGCCACUACGCCGCGAGCAAGGCGGGGCUGCACGGGCUGAUGAAGAACCUCGCGACGAAGCAUGCGAAGGACGGCAUCACGGUCAAUGACGUAGCUCCCGCGAUGAUUGGGGACACGGGUCUCGUCCCGGACGAGAAGAUCCUGGAGGGCACGGCGGGGGAUGUGCGGAAUAUUCCCGUGGGGAGGCUGGGCACGCCGGGGGAGGUGGCUAAUGUUGUGAUGAUGUUUUGCCAGACGGGGUAUUUGACUGGGCAGAGUGUGUUGUUGAGCGGGGGACUCAAGUAAUCUAAGCUGUGACUCGGAGUACUUCAACACGCGGCAACAUUGUCUACCUUGGAGCGUUUGUGUUGAGGAACCGAUUCGGAUGAGGGCAGCUCAUGGUCGGAGAUGACCUAAGGUGGAGCAUGUUGUUACCGCUUUGGGUCUGAGACUCGUGCAAUCAGCCAAUGAGGCGAUGCACCGUUUCCCGUCUGGAAGUCGUCUGAGUAGGUCGACCAGGUUUGACCGUUUGAGCACUGCGUUGUGUCCUCUCCUAUGAGUUCACCGGAAGAC